CAAAGAGCCCAGGCACCUCUACCCUUUGUUGAACUUCUUUCGUUCUCAUUUACAAUUUAUCGCAUUAUCCGGUUAAGCGAAAUCAAUACUGUCGCCGGGCUUUCAGAUAUCUAUCACUGGUGAUCGCCCGCUUCCGCCACCUAUCUAUUUUACUUUAGCGCUCUCCGUCAACGUGUUACAACCUGGAGUGGUUUUGGACUGAGAAGGACAAAUCAGGCCGGGAGACCGCAAGAACCGAGAAUCCCAAGAUGUCUCGGGCAACUUCAACGCUGGCUCCUGAACUGAGUCCCCAAUUUUGUUUCAAUGAGAAAUUGCUCAGAGAUUUCCUACGUCUUUCUAGAUCAACGAUAGAUGAUUCAAUCACUCAGAACCUCAACGCUUUGUUCACUCCGGCACGGGAGGGCUUCGAUCCGUCUUCGACUGCUGUACGCCAAACAGAUUCAAGACAAGGGACUACAAUAGACUCUGCUGCGUGUCAGAACUUUAAGGACAAUGUAUUAUUUCCUUCGUGGCAGACGCGGUCAGACGUACUGAACUACUGCGCCGGCGUGGCUACAAGUCCCGAUCCGGACGAUCCGGAUCUUAUCCUUCGACAGACUGAAUCUGCCAAGGACCGAGAGCGAGUUGUCAAUGAGCGUCUAGAUCCAUAUUCCGCGCGGUUCUUCCCUCGCGAGGCUCGAACUGAAUCAUUGGCAAACCUUGUUCGGAAUCAGCGCAGCGUUGAGCAGAUCAUUCGUGCGCGGACAUGGGGUCUUGUUAACGAAAGAUGCAGUGGCUCGUCUGCCAGCUGGGAGGAAGCACUCAAUAGCUGGCGGGAGAGGAAGCAAAGAUGAUCGCUGACAGAUUAGCUCUAUCAAUCUUAAGAAUAAGAGCUAUUUGCAGAGAGCGCAUUCGAGAGUGGAGAGGCUGCAACUGGCCUGGAUGUUCCUCUCUCCCCAUAUGGCUAUCCAAUCAUGAUAUGGGAUAUGAUGUAUAUAGUAAUCGACAUGUACACUAGUUGCAUAUAAAAAGCGAUCAUUGAUAACAAAGUCAUAAAAUUCAAGCAUGCAAAGGGG